GUUGUUUUAGACCUGCUCGGGGCCGGACGCUACAUGUCAAUACUAAGCCCGUAGUUUGCAAAGAUUGCCUAUCAUGAGCUAUAGCUUUUCUAAUGCUGGACUGCCCUUUUCUAAGCCUGUUCUCCAUAACCACUUUAAAUUCAAAUACCGUUGGUACAACACUCAUAGAACUGCACAGUUUCCGCUAAUUCGGGGUCUGUAUGUCCAGCAUACAAUUUAUGGCAUGCCACUAAAUCCCAAGAAGUUUUGAUAAUAUUUUAAACCUAGCAAAGACCACCUAGUUAAGACCUUUUUGGUCAUACCAGCAGCUGAGGUUUUUUACGAAUGUUUGGAGGCUUAUCAAUACGAAAUACA